UUAUAUAUCUGCUCUUUUCCAGUGGUAGCUUAUCUGGAAAGUCUGGAAAUUCCAGGUCAUGGGGAAACAGGUCUUCUGAACAGGAAAGAGUACCCUGGAAAGGACCAUCUCCUAUGCCAAAAACUUCUCGUCCUCCUCCUGGCUUGAGUGGUCAGAAUAAACAGAUAUCUUCAAAUUGGAUAUCUGGUGAAAGUGGACCUCAAGGAUGGUCAAACUCUGGUUGGGAAAAACAAAGUAGUUCAAACUUUUUAGUUUUGAAAAAUCUUACACCACAGAUUGACGGAUCUACUUUAAAGACUUUGUGCCUGCAGCAUGGGCCAUUGCAGUUAUUCCAUUUGCUGCUUAACCAUGGAAUUGCACUUGUGCGUUACUCAACAAGAGAAGAGACUGAAAAAGCUCGUUCUGCUUUAAAUAAUUGUGUUCUGAGUAACACAACUAUACUAGUGGACAUUCCUACUGAGAUGGAAGUAAAACAAUACCUCCAGCUGGCCAGUGGUCAAAUGAAUUCAAAUGUGUCUUGGCCUUCCAGUAAUGGAAACAGUGAAUCUACUUUUAGUUCAGGGAGUAGCUUCCCAAUGAGUGGGACUACUAGUACUACAGGCAAUGGGAAUACCUCAACUAAAAUUGGUACUAAUAAUUGGAAUAGCACAAGUCUAAAUCUGCAGAGUUCCAACUUGUGGUCUUUUUCUGGUUCAGGCAGUAGCCUGUGGGCAAUGCAGUCAUCAUCCAGUGAACAUGAUCAAUGUAUUCCUUCUUCUCUCAACUCAUUCUUGCCCGGUGAUCUUUUGGGAGGUGGUGAAUCAAUCUGACCUGUGUGAUCUGUCCAUCGAAUAUUGUGAUUUGGUGAGGACCAUCUUAAAUCUUGUCCCUCUGAUGAUUGUAAACCUGAUUUAGUCUCAAAACAUUUACUACUUUCUACUGAAAACUUUUCUUUUGCAGUAUUUUUCCGACCAUUGCAGAGAUUGAGAUUUCAGAGAAAACUAUCUACAAAACAUUAAGGGAAAAAGAAAAAUUGUGUGAUAUUGAGAUAUAGCUUAAUGUUUUAAAAUAUUCUACUUAUAAACUCUGAGAAAUGUAGUCCGUUCAUGAACGCAAAGUUUUCCAUUAUGUGAUAAACUUACAAUUUUACUUUUAAAUGUGUUCCCAACUGAUAUUUACUGCUCCUGAAAAUGCUCAGUUGAUGAAUCGUUGUGUAGAUGAAUAUUGGUGUCAUGGUAUCAAACAUACAUUUGUCUAGUAUUUUUUUUUUUUUGGUGCCAGGAUAUCUGUCUGUAUAAAGAAAUAGAGAUAUAUAAUGUAGGAUAUGUAAAUAUAAUUUCAUAGUUACCUUUACAAAAAUGCCAAAUAUGAGAGAACCUCAUUAAGCACAGUCAGUGUUUUACUUGCAAACACAUCGUGUAGUGUGCAUUUAAGCUAGAUAUAUUUAAUUAUCCCUGUUAAAGUUUGAGCCUGUGUUUUAUGGUGUAAUGCAUUAAUAAUGCAAGUAAAAAUCAAUUAUUUAAUAUUGUCUGUGUAUGUUGUUUACUUGUGUCGAUUUGAUAAUUACACUAUGCUAUGUUUUCUCCCUGGUGUGUGAAAUUGGCACUUUAUUUUUAAUUGUUAUAUUCCUCUAUGUUAGUUUGACAAAAAUGCCUUUGUAGUAUUAUCUGUUUUAUAUGGAUCCUUAUAGUUGUUUCAUUGUUAAGGAGUGAAAUUUUUCAUAUGCUUUUUUGUUAUGUGUUUUGUUAAAUUGUGUAAAUAUUAAUGACUUGAAAUGUGGGAUUUGCAGAUAUUCUGUUUGUUUUUGUUUGAUUGAAAAUAUAAAUGUGUAUUACUACCAAUUUUCUAUGCUUUUUAACUUAUAUUUCAUUUCUUCCUGUUUGGAUAUAUAUAUAUAUAUAUCCUUCCCAAGUGCUGUGAUCUGUAGAUUAGUAAUGCUAUUUUAUAAUUUAAAUAAUAUGGUCUUGCCUUCUUUAAGUAUUUAGAUUAUACUGCUAACAUGUUUUUACCCCAGUAUCUUUUUAAAGUAUUUUCCCCUUUUUUUAAUUGUGUUCAAAUAAAGUCUCUCCUGACGUAUUCAAUUUUAGCUAUAACAAAAAUGUUUCAGACAUUUCUCUCAUCAGAAUAAAAUUAUUUUUAAAAUUAAUCAGGUCAAGUGUAAUUUUACAUUUCAUAUUGAAAGUCUGUUUGCAGUUGCAUAUAUUUUAUGGAAAUUUUAGGCAAAGCUCAAACUUUAUUGGGGGGGGAAAGAAAAAGAAAUCUUUUGUUUAAAGUUUUCAUUACAUAAUUGCUACACCUUUGAGAAUGCCAUGUUCGAUGUAAAAAGAAACUGCUGAAAUUCUUUAAGAAAAUUUUUACUCACUGUAUUGUCAUUGGCUUCAUAUUUUAAAUUUUAUAAUUUUUUAUGCUAUUGAUGACAUUCACAGUGUGUUCUUCAAUAACUAAUAGAGUAGGUGCUCUUUGUGCCUUAGAAUGUGUAAAAAUAUAAUUUCUUAAAAAUUGGUAUUUUAUCUGCUUUUAUACUUCCCAUUUUAGUAACCCCUUCCUGUGCUAUAUUUUUCUAGCCUUUAGGGCCCAAGAGGUCUUUUUUUAUAAUUUAAAAUUGCAUAUUACUGAGAAAAGUAUAUUUUUAUGGCAUAAUAUGAAUUUUUAUUUGAAAUUAUUUUGAAGUUUAUAUUUCACCGCUUUAGACAAAUAUGAAUUGUUGAAGUGAUAAUCAUUGUAUAUUGAUUUUAGUGUACUUUUUGUGUAUUAAUUAAAAAAAAUCUGGGCUUAUUUAUUAAUCUCAAGUAAUACACAGAUGUCAAGAAUAGUGGUUUUCUGGUCAAAUAUUGUUAAAUUUAACCUAAACCAGACUAAUAUAUAUUGCGCAGUUUACAAUACACUUUUUCGUUCAUGUAGGAUUUAGAAUUGCCGGGAAGGGGUUAAGAUGUGUUAAUCUUAACUGUGGUUGCAAAGGAAAGUAUUGAUUCUAAUAAAUUCAAGGUAUAUUUUGGAGAUUGAAAAUGUAACAUUCAAGUGUAUUUGUAUAUGAAGAGAUCUGAAUUCAUUCCAUGGGAAUAUAUGUGUGUAUGCAUAAGUGAUGCCAUAUGUUUCAAUGUUAAUCAAUAUCAUAUUGUUGUUUUUUAAUCAAUACGUCAAGGAGUGAAAUGCUUUACGGAUUUUGUCAAAAAAAAAUGUGUUUUAAUAUGAAUCUCACUAUUCUUAGCUCAUGCUUCUUAACAAGUAUUGCAUCAUUUGUUUAUCUUUCAACUUUGUGUUUAACUAAUCUAUCUGUUGAUGCAACAUCUCUAUAUUCAUUACAGAACAAAUCACCGGUAUGUUUUAGAUUCUGCAAGAGUACUUACAGUUUUAAGGUAGGAAAUUUAUAAACUUUUACUGGUCUAAAACACUUAUCUUCAUGAUAAUUUAAUUUUCUUUGUUGAGAAAAUGGGAUAUGACUAACUGGACUAUCAGGAAACAAAAAACUGUGGUAGACUGCCUUUCUUAACCAUUGGAAACUAAAGUGUUUUCUUGAAAGAAUCAUCUCUCAAAGUAAUGCUUUUUUCAACAGUUGGUUUUAUAUUCAGAUCAUUUUUGUGACCAUUGUUUAAAGCACAGUAUUUAUUCAAAUUUAUACUUAUCUUCAGAAUUAUUUUAAUGUGUUUUAGGAGAAAUAUAUUGUUUAAAAGUUUAUAGAUGUAAAGAAAAACCCAUUGACACAAAUUGUAAAAGUUGACUAAUUUCAUCUUAUUUUGAUAUAAUAUCAGAAGGAACUCUCUUUUAUGUAAGAAAAAGAAACAUAAUGUCAUGGAGCAUUUUCCUUUGAAAUGUAUGCUGAUCUAAAAAUUUUGCCUGCUAUAUUUCUGCUUCAGUUUUCUAGCUAUAUCUGAGUUGAGAAUAAUAUGCUAAGCAUUUAAAUCAAGUUUUCCAGUUGAAGGGUGAUUUUAUGCCUAUUUGUAUACCAAUUUUGAGAAAGAUUACUUAAAUAGUGGUUUAAUGGUUAAAAGGUAAACUUGGGUAUAUAUUCUACCGUCCAGUCAUCAUAUCUCUUAGUUUUGGGCCGAUAUGUAACAUUUCUACGCAUUCUGAAGUGUGCAUCACUUGCAACUGAAUCAGUCGCAUUAACUGAAUGGUGCUAGUUCUGUACUUUGUAUGUAAAAUUGUGCAGAAUGACAAACAAGUUCUGUUCCUUUCUCCAGCUUCUAUAUGCUUGGAACCAAUUCACACACAUUUUACGUGUGUUGUACAUGACCUGUAAUAGUUGGUCUAUUUCUUGUGAUGUAUGGUGAUUGUUUAUUAUUGCUUGUUUUUCUUAAAAUUCAGUUUGUUUCAGUUGUAAAAUUUAUUGGAGUGUUUGUAGAGUCUAGUGUGUUUUUGACUUAGUAUAAUGAUGCACUAAUGAUAAAGAGCUUGAUGUUUUUGGAUAUAUAUUCAUGUUGCCAUUGCAUUGGAAAUUUGUGCACUGCUGAAUGUUAGGGUUGAUUACUUUGUAUAUAAAAAUUGGAGGUGUUUAUUUAGAUCACUAAACUUUAAAUAUAUUUUUAGUAUGUAUAAGCUAAGAUGCUGGUAUAAAUUUGAAUACAUGCUUCAUACACUACUUGUUAUUAUUCCAAAGACUUGCUUUCCUUUUGAGACUUAUGAAAGUACAUCUUCUGCAUAGUGUUUUAAAUUUGCUUUUAUGACAGUUUUGAGUGCUAAAGUAAACACUGUGUAAUUCAUUUAUAUAUUAAGCCAGAAUAUUUUUUUUUCCAAACUGUUAUGUACCUGACUGUAUAAAAAGUGUUAAACCUUUUUUAAAAGAAAUGUUUCAAUAUUUUUUGUGUGUACUUAAAAAUACUGUUUUAUAUCUAGAGCUCUAAAAAGUGUUCUGGAUUAUUUUUAUAAUUUUCACAUGAUUUUAUCAGGCACAAGUUAUAAGUAUGUUGAUAUUUCUGGAAAUGAGAUAUUUUACUAAAUGGAUUUUAAUGAAUAUUGCAAAAUCGUACUAAGAUUGUGAAUUUCUGUUUGUUGAAAUUGUGAAGAAGUCCGUUUUGAUAAUUAUAACUUACAUUUAACUUAAUAUUUUAAAAUCAUUAAUGGAAAUGUAAGUUUCUAAGGGGGUUCACAUAUCAAGAAAAUGUUUUAAAAAUAUGCUGCCAAUUUAUGUCGUAUAGUCUCUAAAAUUUUUCUUAAAUAUAAGUAUGUGCAUAUUACCCACAUACAUAAUUGUAUUUAAUUUUAGAAAUUAGAAACAUUUAUUCUAAAAAAGAACUAAAUUUCCUAUUGAAUUUAAUUUUCAGAUUUUAUUAUAUUAACAGAUAAUGAGGAUAAGUAAUAAGAAAUGCCAUAAUUUGUUAAGUGUGUGUGUAUGUGUCCUGUAUAAUUAUAGAAUCUGCGAAUAUUACCAGAAAAUCUCAAGAGCUUUGUUUUUAUAGUAUGUGUUGUCAUUUGUAGACAGUAAGCAGAAAUAUUCAUGAAGAUUUCUGAAGUAUCAAAGGAACUUUUUAAAUCUUUUGAUAAGAUUUCUUUGCAUUUAGUUGGUACACAAUAAAUUUUAACAAAAAACACCAAUAGCAGCAUUUAAUUUUAUUUAUACAUUGCUAUUGCUCCCUGACAAUCAUUAGAAAAUAACAAUGCUAGUGAAAUCCAAGCACCCUUUGCUCACUGCCCCUGUCCUCACCUAUAUAUUAGUAACAUGCUAACUUCAGCAAAUUUUACAUAUGUGAAUGUGGUAGUGUUUAUUCCUAGUCAUGUGUGUUUCAGGGUCAGUCUGGAAAUAUCACAGAAAAUGUGUUUGAUCUAUGAACAUUUUUAUUUCUAGUCAUACUAGUACCCAUAAACAGUCGUUGAUGGUGUUUAUUUUCUUCCAUUUUCAUGUUUGUUUAUUAUUGAUGUGCAUCAUU